UUAAAAUGUAAAAUAAUGAAAUCCAUAUAGGUAUAGAAAGGGGAAAUCAUAAAUUAUUUGAUGAUCUCGACAAAAUGAGUCUUCUAGCUCAGCCCAUAACAAUUUUGAUGAUUAAAAUUUAAUUUACACAUGAGAGAAUUUUAGGGAUCAAAAUAAAAUACAGAGGAAUGGAUGGAAAAACCAUUGUUGGCUAAAGUAGUAGAAAACUGAAACUAUUUGGAGUGCAUUUUUAGAAGUUUAAAAUAGAUAAAAGUAAAUCAAUAAAUAUUAUUAGAUGAUUGUAUAAAAGAAAUCUUUGGAUUUGCAGGUACUUCAAUCAAUUAACUUGGAUUCCGAACAUACAGAGGCCAUUAGGUUGCUUGUGGAUCGCCUAAGGGAUAACCAUUCUCUUUCUAAAUACCAAAUCACACAUUCAUAGCAGCGAAAGGAUCUCACGAAGAAUACUUAGAAUAUCUUUGUUUUAGAACUAUCCAAUUAACUCAAGAAUAAAUAACUAAUUUGGUAUAAUAUAUAAUUAUGAUCAUUAGGCAAACGAUACUCAAAUAAAUAAAUAACAAUCCUUUUAAACAUGAAAUAUAAAUAUAUUUUUAAUCAGAAUUUUAAAUAUACUUAAG